UGAUGACUCUCCCCAUGAUGAAUUCCGUAGCCGCUCUGGCGGCCGAGCAGAAGGCCGCACAAGCGAAUCGCGAGGCUAGAAUCUCAGCGCGGAGGCAGCGCAUUGCAAAUAGGCUGCUUGCCCUGCAGUCAAGCCAAGCGACACAGCGGCCCAAGACACAUACGGAUGAGAAAGAAGCCGGCCCGGCUCUCAUGCAACUCUCAUCGAGCUUGCAAAAUCUCUCAUUCUUGAAGAAAAACUUGGCGAACGAAUUAAAUUACAUCCGGGUAUCAGUGGAUGACGAGCAGUGCAAUCAUCAGGAAUGCGAUCGUCAAAGAUUGCAGGAACUUCGCCAAGCGCAAGAAGAGGUUGAAAUGUCGUGUGAGCAGCAAAAUCAAGUAUUAGCUGCAAGGUGGGAUGCCAUACUUGCGCUUGAGGUUCCUCAACAAAUCGCUGAGCAGCUGGAAAAUCAACGAAAGGCUUGCAACCAAGUACUUGAAACUAAAGAUAAACUUGCCGAGAAGAUCAAAGAAGUCCUAUUGCUCAAGACAGAAGAAUACAACCUUGCGUGUAUCCAACAAACCAAAGACGUCGAUAUGCUGGUGCUUGCCAUGGGAAAGCAGGUUGUCAAUCUCACAGCAGCUUAUAUCAGGGAGUUUCACGAGAUCGAGAGCGCAUUUCUUGUCCAGCGUUGGGAGCUCAUCCAAAGCAAAAAGGCAGAGAUAGAAGGCUUGAUAAAAAAGAUGCGAGCCAUGGAAGCGCAGUUUCAGGAGAGCUUGUACGCUCGGGGGGACGAGUACUCGGCCGCGCUGGAUGAAACUCGACUCCAGGACUCGGAGGAUUACAACCUUCUGAAAGUGAAGCUCGAGACGGACGUCCAGAUUCUGGAGCAGCACCUCGAGUCGAUGCAGGCAGCAUAUCAGAUGAACACCGAGAAGCUCGACUACAACUAUCGCGUUCUGAUUGAGCGCGAGAACGACAACUACGUGACGGCAGGCCAGCAGAAACGCAAGCUGACGAAACUGAGAGACAUCCAGACCAACUUGAAAACCAAGCACGCGGAGCUGGAGCGCAAGUUUAAGUGGCAGAACGCGAAGCUUGCGGACGAUUACGCUCGAGUGACCAAGCUGCUGCAAGACUUGCAGAGCAAAGAACAGGAGCUCACGGCUGGACACGAGUACCAGUUUCUCAAGUUUUAUGCGAUGCAUCAACACUGCCUGGCAGUUCUCGUCAGCAAAGUUCUCCAGGCUGACCAAUAUAUUCAUGAGCAGCACCUUGGGUGGAAGUGGCAUCCUCCCGAUCCUCAGCUCUUCAUAGACUUGGCUUCUCCAGGCCCGGUGGAGGCUGAGAGUGACAGUGCAAACAUGCCAAGUACCCCCGAGGCUGGUCUCGCCGAGAGCAUAACUCUCGCAGUCGAUAAACCAAUGCUGGAUAUGCUGUGUAGCGAGCUCGCGUUUAUCCUGGACGAGGAAGCCCAGAAGCUAGACGCGGGCCUUGAGAUGGACGACCAGAGCUUCGUGAGGAGCAUUGCGAUCCUCCAGGCACUGGGCAUAUCAAGUGGAAUAACUCUGGACAAGCUCAGGAAAUUCGUGACGACCGCGGCAGGGAGGAUGAUACAGAAGGAGACUGUUAUUCCGAGAUUGCAGGAGUUUUUGAUCGAGAACAAGGCCGAGGCUCUCGUUCCAAAGCUGCAAGUUGGAGGAAGGAGAACGCCGGUUGAGAGGCCCAAAGAGAAAGAAAUCAAAGUUACCGAGGAGGAGGAAAAGUGGAGAAAGUUCGCCAAAGUCAUAAGUCCCAAGGUGGUUCACGUAUGGCCGGCUCUGGACAUCGCCAUGCUCAAGUAUAAUCACGUCCUCAAGGAUCGUGUCGUCGUAGCUCGGGAGAUCCAAUCGCUCCGUUGGCAGAACGAAGAACUGAAAAGAAUGCUCAAGCUUUGCUUGUCGUCGAAGGCACACGAGGAGCUUCACGUACCUACAACAAUGGUCGCCGGCCGAUAGUGGAGAUCGUUUCGAAACUACGCAAAGCCUUCCCAUUCCUGGAGA